AUGGCCAUGAAAGCGAUCGUGAAAUCCGUGAUCUCUGGCGAUUCCCUCCUAUUGCGCGGUAGCCCCGGCCCUCAAGGCCAGAUCCCAAAAGAGCGCGUUCUGCACCUCGCGGACAUACAGGCGCCUCGCAUGGGCACGUCCUCGCGAGAUGACGAGGACUGGGCUUUCGAUUCGCGCGAGUUCCUUCGUGCCAUGGUCGUUGGCAAACCUGUCACGUUCACGUCCACUCACUCUUUGCCCUCAAACGAUGAAAUCCCUCGUGACAUUGGCACAGCAGAUGUCAACGGAGUCGACCUCGCGUCCGAACUUCUGAAGAACGGCUGGGCGAAGCUGAAGGAAUUCAAGCGUGACCCCACAGAAGAGGACUAUCGCAAGAAGGAACUGGAGUCUGAAGCGCGUUCGGCUGGGAAGGGUAUUUGGAAUCCUCAUGGUCCCAUGGCCCGCACAACCCACUACAUGAUGCCCACUGACUCGCAAGCAUUCAUCACCGAAUGGAGGGGUCAGCAGAUUGACGGUCUUAUCGAGCAGGUGAAGGACGGCUCUACCCUUCGCAUUCGCCUCAUCAUGCCAGACGGGGAUCAUCAAUUCGUCAACAUCGCCCUUGCUGGUGUGCGCUCUUCGCGUGUAUCCAGCAAGCCCGGCGAGUCGACGGAGCCGUGGGGAGAGGAGGCAAAAUUCUUCACUGAGUCAAGGCUACUCCAGAGAUACGUCCGAGUCCAACUGCUGUCACUACCCAACGCCGCGCCUACCCCUUUCCAAGCAGGCGCGAGCACGGCACCCCCUUCCGCAUCCAUCUUCAUCGGAACGGUCCUCCACCCCGCGGGCAACGUUGCCGAGCACUUGGUUGCCGCUGGCCUCGCGCGCGUCGUUGACUGGCAUGCGGGUAUGCUCGCAAGCAACGGUGGCAUGGAACGUCUUCGCGCCGCUGAAAAGACGGCAAAGGAGAAGCGUGCCUGCCUGUAUGCAAACGCCCCUACUCCCUCUGCCAAGUCGAACGGUACAGCGUCCAAUGGUAAUUCUCGCCAGUUCGACGCCACCGUCAUUCGAGUCUGGAGCGCCGACCAGAUUUCUGUCGCCGACCGUGAAACUGCAAAGGAGAGACGACUGCAGCUCAGCUCAACCCGUGGUCCCAAAUUGUCUGACCCCAAGCAAGCAUUCUACGCGCAAGAGGCUCGCGAGUUCCUUCGCAAGCGGCUUAUUGGCAAGCACGUCAAAGUUCACGUCGACUUCGUCCGGCCUCGCGAGGGCGAGUAUGAGGAGCGCGAAUGCGCGACUAUCCGCUACGGUGGCCAAAACUCGAACAUUGCCGAGCAACUUAUCGAGAAAGGUCUUGCCACUGCUGUUCGCCACAAGCGUGACGAUGAGGAUCGCUCACCCGAUUACGACAAGCUAAUGGCGGCGGAGCAAAUAGCAGCAACAGAAACCCGUGGUAUUCACUCUGGCAAGGACAUUCCCGCACCCAAGCAACCGCUCAACAUUUCCGAGUCUGCGCACCGUGCAGCUACCUUCGUCAACGGCUUCAAACGUCUAGGAAGGAUUCCUGCCGUCGUCGAAUACGUCGCUGCUGGCUCUCGCUUCAAAAUAUUCCUGCCCAAGGACAACCAAGUCCUCACUCUCGUCCUAAGCGGCGUUCGCGCGCCUCGAACUGCCCGGAACCCUUCAGAGACCAGCGAGCCAUGCGGGCCUGAGGCGUCCGAAUUCGCGACUCGACGCUACAUGCAACGCGAUGUCGAGAUCGAGAUCCACGAUGCCGAUAAAUCAGGAGGUUUUAUCGGCGCACUAUACUUGAACAAGACCGAGAACGCUGCCAUCACUCUUGUUCGGGAAGGUUUUGCGUCGGUACAUGGGUAUUCUGCAGAGAGUCUCUCAUGGGUGAAGCAGUUGCACGAUGCUGAGGCUGAAGCGAAGAGCGCAAAGCGUAACAUGUGGAAAGACUUCGACGAGGCUGCGGAAGUUAUGGAGACCCCAGUGGAGGAAACAAACGGCCCUCUCAAGACAGAAUACCUCGACGUCAUCAUCAGCGAUGUCCGCACGAAGCCGAGCUUCGCGUUCUCCGUGCAAAUCCUCAACACUGAGGGCAUCGCAUCACUAGACAAGCUCAUGCGCGACUUCUCACUACACCACAAGACUGUCGCACCGGUCGUGGGCUUCACCCCUCGUGGCGGCGACCUCGUCUCGGCGAAGUUCUCCGAUGGCCAAUGGUAUCGUGCAAAAGUCCGCCGUGCGUCACCGAUCAAGAAGGAGGCAGAAGUCACCUUCAUCGACUACGGCAACCAGGACACCGUCAGUUUCACCAAUCUCCGCCCCCUCGAUCCUAAGUUCCGUUCUCUUCCCGGCCAGGCUCAAGAUGCGCGUCUCAGCUUCGUCAAGCUCGUCUCGCCCGACUCCGAGUACUAUGACGAGGCAAUCGACCGCUUCCGCUCGCUCUGCGAGGGCCGCCGGCUCGUCGCGAACAUCGACCAGAAGGAGGGUCAUAUGCUCCAUCUCCGCCUCAUCGACGCGUCGGACCCCGCCGCGCAGCACGACCAGUACGCAUGCAUCAACGUCGACCUCAUCCGCGACGGCCUCGCGACGGUCGACAAAAAGGGCUGCCGCUACCUUAGCGGGUACCCUGCGAUGACGAAGAAGCUACGCGAAGCGAUCGACACCGCCAAGCGCGAGCGUGCGGGCAUGUUCGAGUUCGGUGACGUCGAGGAGGACGACUAG